AUGGAUCUCCGGUUGAGUCUCCGUGACAGGCACUCUAGAGCCCGCUUUUUGAAGCCAAUCCUUCGAGCUUAUGCCCUGGGAUAUCUAUCUGCAGUCACCCCAAAGCUGGUCACAUAUGCACGACACUUUGCACGCAGAGACUGGUCCCCGAAACAGAAGCUUUGCGAGUUGGCUCAAGUCUUAGCGGGGCCUCUGCGCAUCAACACCUUUCCGACUUUCUGUGCCGUCCUGGUCGGUGGAUCAACUUUGCUUCCGAUGUUGUUGUAUCGGAUAUUCGCAUCCAUAGCCGGCUUUUCCGACGGUGACGUCCAAAGAUCCCAGACUCUUCGCCGUCUGAUUCGAUUCGUCACUGCCUUUUUCUCGGCAUGGUUUAGUUUUGAACUUUUGAACAAGAAACGUACACUUUCGUGGGACAGUCGAUCAAAACGGGCCUUCUCCGAUCAAGAACCCAGGAAAGAUGCCGCCAAUCCACUUGACCAUCCCCGUCCGGAGUUGGUUGGGAGAACGAUGGAUCUGACGCUGUUCACAGCCACACGAGCAGUGGAUGUAAUGGCAUGUCUAACAUGGAACUGGUGGUAUCACCGGCGCAAAGCUCAGAGUCGCUGGACCCUCGUUGAGUCGCUAGCUCCAGGUCUGGCAGAUGCGGGGGUCUUCGCAAUGAGCGCGGCCGUGGUCAUGUGGGCAUGGUUCUAUGAGCCGGAGAGGUUGCCCCGAACCUACGAAAAGUGGAUUGGAGAGGUAGCCAAGGUGGACUCACGCUUAAUCGAAGCUCUUCGUCGGGCUCGCCGAGGCGUCUUUGUGUACGGCAAAGAUACGGGCCAAGCACCCCUUCUCGAAGCUAUGUGCAGGGACUAUGGCUGGCCCGAGGAAUGGGGUGAUCCUGCCAAAACAGCACCCAUUCCAUGCGAGAUGGUACACAUGGGCUGCGGCUCUAAUUGCGAGAAACACGCACUAUACCGCUUUGCCCGGACUUUCAAGUUCGCUUGUGCAACCUACAUCCCGUUACAGAUUGUCCUGCGCCUACGAGCGAUGAAGAAUCCCACUGUUCUUCGCCGCGCGAUCUCUGAAGGCGCCCGAUCAUCUGCCUUCCUCGCCUCUUUCGUCGGCCUGUUCUAUUACGCCGUUUGUCUCGCUAGGACGCGCCUGGGCCCCCAGGUCUUUGAUCUAAAGACGGUCACUCCGCAGAUGUGGGAUUCCGGUCUCUGUGUCGGAGCGGGAUGUCUCAUGUGUGGAUGGAGUGUAUUGGCCGAGAAAGCGCGGAAGCGACAGGAGCUGGCGCUAUUUGUGGCACCCCGCGCUGUGGCAACGGUGUUGCCACGACUGUAUGAUAUAAAGUAUCAAUAUCGCGAGCGUAUCGCUUUCGCUACCAGUGCCGCUGUUCUUCUCACUUGCCUUCGGGAAAACCCGAGGCUAGUCCGAGGUGUCUUUGGCCGCAUUGCCAACACUGUGCUACUCCCCUCAUGGGGGCGCUGCACAUUAACAAACAGCAUUUCGCAACGGCCAAUUUGCAUGCGGAAAGGUAUCUUUGAAGCUGAAAAGAGGUUCUUCUCGAGAAACACAUUCCUGCACGAGAAGCGUCAUGCAUCCUCGGCGCCGUUCAAUACGCCGCAAUCGCAGCAGCGCAAUACAUCUACUAUGUACUAUACCAUUAGCAUGAUCCUUGGAACUGUCGCUCUUGCAUACGGCUCGGUUCCACUGUACAAAAUGAUUUGCCAACAGACUGGUUGGGGUGGCCAGCCCAUCCUCACCCACCGCAACGGCGACGGUGACACAGCCGCGCGCGUGACGCCAGUGACAGACUCCCGACGCCUCCGAAUCACCUUCAAUGGCUCAGUUUCUGAUGUCCUGCCCUGGAAGUUUACUCCACAGCAGCGAGAAGUGCGAGUGUUGCCGGGCGAGACGGCACUGGCAUUCUACACCGCGACCAACAAGAGCAACUCUGACAUUAUUGGAGUUGCGACGUACAGCGUGACACCGGGACAGGUGGCGCCGUACUUUAGCAAGAUCCAGUGUUUCUGCUUUGAAGAGCAGAAACUCAACGCGGGCGAGUCGGUUGAUAUGCCUGUGUUCUUCUUCAUUGAUCCCGAUUUUGCUACGGAUCCGAAUAUGCAGGGCAUUGAUACGAUUACGCUAUCUUAUACCUUCUUUAAGGCGAAAUAUGACGACAACGGGGUCUUGAAGCCCAUUCCCCAAUGA